AUGCGCAGGUCGCCAACACGAUCGUCGCACAGUUGCUGUACCUUGCGGCGGACGACCCUGAGCGGGAUAUCAACAUGUACAUCAACUCGCCCCGGUGGCUCGGUGUACGACGGCAUGGCGAUCUACGACACCAUGCAGCUCGUCUCUUGCGAUGUCUCAACGAUAUCCGUAGGGUUGUGCGCCAGUUUUGGCACAGUUUUGCUCGCUGCGGGCGCCGUCGGCAAGAGGUACGCGCUUCCCAACGCGACGAUCAUGAUGCACCAACCGUGGGGCGGCAUGCAGGGUCAGGCGUCGGACAUCGAAAUCCACGCUAGGGAGACCCUGCGUAUCCAAGAUAAGCUGCGGCAGAUCAUCGCCGACCAUACGGGUCAACCUUACGAGCAGGUGGCGCGCGAUAGCGAUCGCGACUUUUGGAUGACCGCGGAGCAGGCAUCGGAGUAUGGGUUGGUGGAUCAAGUCCAUACGGCCACGGCAAACCCGAGAGACGCUAGGAUUCUCCAAGCCGAGGCAGCUGCAUAG